AUGUCCUUUACGCAAGAUCACAAGGGUGCCACCCUUGGCGAGCUUGAACAUGUCGACACCACGGAGCAGGUCCUGAACGACCACUCCAUGGCCAGGCAGGGCGCCGAGGGAGAACAUAAACUAGGACUCUGGGCUGCUAUGCGCCUUUACCCCAAGGCAGCCAUGUGGUCCAUCCUUCUAUCUACCGCCAUUAUCAUGGAAGGGUACGAUAUUGUCCUGAUCCAAUCUUUCUUCGCCCAGCCUUCUUUCAAAGCCAAGUACGGAGAGUACAUAGCCAGUACCGGCACAUACGAAAUCACCGCUAGUUGGCAGAAUGGUCUCUCAAACGCAGUCAGUUGCGGUACCAUCAUUGGCGCCUUUGCCAAUGGCUACUUUACCCACAAGUUUGGCUAUCGCAAGGUUCUCCUCGCCUCUCUCGUCGCUAUAUGCUGCUGCAUUUUUAUAUCCUUCUUUUCCCCCAACCUUCCCGUACUUCUAGUUGGGCAAUUUCUCUGCGGAAUCCCUUGGGGUGUAUUCGCCACGAUGGCUCCAGCCUAUGCCUCAGAGGUUUGCCCAAUGGCAUUGCGAGGAUAUCUGACGGUGUAUGUCAAUCUCUGCUGGGCAAUUGGGCAGCUCCUCUCGGCUGGUAUUCAGCGAGCCUUCUCUGAGAUGGCUGGGGAAUGGUCUUACCGCAUUCCUUUUGCUAUUCAAUGGGCAUGGCCCGUUCCACUCUUUAUCGUUCUAUGGUUUGCCCCCGAGUCUCCUUGGCAUUUCGUUCGGAUGGAAAAGUACCGAGAGGCAGAGAAGUCACUCGCUCGACUUUCCAGCCGCUCGGACCAGAUAAAACAAACUCUCGCAAUGAUGGUACACACCAAUGAAAUCGAAAAGGGGGUCGACGACGGAACAUCGUACUGGGACUGUUUCCGGGGCGUGGAUCUUCGACGAACGGAGAUUGCUUGCUUGGCCUUUGCCGCCCAGCCGUUUUGUGGCUCUGCCUUAGGAGGCACUCCGACUUACUUCUUCAUCCAGGCCGGCCUACCUACCUCCAUCUCCUUCAGCAUGUCCGUCGGCGGCCUGGGUCUCGCCUCAGUCGGCACAAUUUUCUCAUGGUAUCUUCUACAUGUCUUCGGUCGUCGAACUCUAUAUCUCUGGGGUCUCGGUCUUCUCACCAUGGUAUUGAUGAUUGUUGGAUUCAUAAGCGUUGGGGCACCAAGCUCGGAGGCUGGCAACUACGCGCAAGCAAGCAUGAUGCUGCUCUGGCUCGGCAUCUACUACUCGACCGUCGGGCCUAUAUGCUACGCAAUUAUCUCCGAGGUGUCGUCGACGCGUCUGCGCAACAAGAGCGUCUGUCUCAGCCGCAUCGUGUACUAUGUCGCGCAGAUCAUCUGCAACGUGGUCAACCCGUACAUGAUCAACCCAACCGCCGGGGACUGGAAAGGGAAAACUGGCUUUUUCUGGGGAGGCUGCGCUCUGGCCUUCUUCAUUUGGACUUUCUUCAGGCUUCCGGAGACAAAGGGGAGGACGUUUGAAGAGCUUGACAUCCUAUUCAUGCGUGGGAUCAACGCCCGCGAGUUUGGAAAAUACAAGGUGGAUGCUUAUGUUGAGAAGGAUGAGGCGUUGGUCAAGGAAAGGUGA